AUGCCUCCCGACCGCGAUGGCGCACGGCCGGUCUGCGCACGCUGCGCCAAGUCGGCUCGCGCCCACGGCGAGGACCCGUCCACGUUCGUCUGCGUCUACGACUCGGGCGUCCCAAAGGCCAAGCAGGCGACGUCGCCGACCUCCACAAAGGACUCGGACGCCAUCGCCGACCUCGCCGCUCAGAUCGCCGAGCUCAAGGAGCAACUGACCCAGCAACGACCGCCGCCGCCGCAACAGCAGCAGCCCGAGCCCGACCACUCGCCGCAGCCGUUCGCGAGCACGUCGUCGCACACGCUCGACGUCAACCCGCCCCAGCCGACCUGGUCGGCCUCGACCCCGAACUUCUCGUCGUCGACGGCAUCGGCCAACUACUACCCGGCCGCGACGGCGACGACGGCCGACCACACGUCGACCUCGCUCGUCUGGUCGUCGACCCUCACCGCGCCGUACUCGUCGUCGACGACAACUGGGCCCGACCUGACCGACCUCGCCAUGGCCGCCUCGCCCCUGUACCAGCUCCCGCUCCCGACCAUCAACUGGGGCGCGCUCACCCACUCGUCGUACCCGUCCGACCUCCCGAGCCCGGGCCUGUUUGCGCGCCUCGUCGACGUCUACUUUGCCAAGCCCCACCUCGCGACGGGCCUCAUCAACGAGCGCCGGUUCCGCCAGUCGCUCACCUACCUCGAGCUGCCCUCGGACCCGCGCUCGCCCUCGCCGUGCCUCCUGCACGCCCUCGUCGCGACGGCCGCGCUCCUCGUCCCCGAGUCGUUCUACGCCCCGCACGAGCCGCGGUAUUGGUCGCCCAAGAGCUCGCUGUCGUCGCACCACGCCAAGCUCGCCGAGCGCGCCCUCGACCCGGCCUUCCAGCGCGGCCGCCAGCUCCUCCAGGUCGUCCAGGCGAGCGUCCUGUGCUGCUUCUGCGCCUAUACCGACGCCCGGUUCGGCGACACGUGGCUCGUCAGCGCCAUGGCCGCCCGCCUCGCCGUCACGGUCGGGCUCAACCACGUCCGGCGGGCCCCGGUCGGCGCCGCGUCGCCCGACGCCGGCGGCGAGCGAGGUGGACCCGGCGGAGCGCCGGCGCGCACCGAGGAGGCGCACCGCCGGCAGCGCCGCCUCAAGGACAAGAGCAUGCUCGCGCCGACGAGCGACCGCGAGGAGGUCGACGAGCGCGCGUCCGUCUUCUUCUUCUGCUACGCCGCCGACAAGAUGACGAGCGCCGCGACGGGCUGGGCCGCCGCCAUCAACGAGGACGACGUCACGAGCCUGUUGCCGCACCCGCCUGGCUCCGAGGACACGUACGAGGACCCGCUCUCGUCGCCCCUGUACCUGCACAACCCGGCCUUCUUCACCGCGUGCCCGCCGCACCUGACGGGCGCGCUCCAGCUCUACUUCAAGGCCUACAUCCUCCUCGGACGCGUCGUCAGGUUCCUCCAACGAGCACCUGAACCUGUCGGCAGCGGCUAUGCCCGUGAGGACGACCCCGACCUGCGCGAGACGCCCGCCUUUCGGUCGCUCGAGCGCACCAUUUCGCACUUCCGCCUCUCGAUCCCGCGCGAGCAGUCGUACGCCUACUACGCGUCGCACGCCGGCAUCGAGAACACGCCGUUCCUCGUCUUUACGAUCCUCCACGUCCUCACGAUCCUGCUCCACGAGCCGUUCUGCCUCGCGCCCGACGUCGACGAGCAGGACUUGAGCUUCCAGAAGUGCGCCGCGGCGGCAAAGGCCAUCGUCGCCAGCGUGUACGAGCUCAACGGUUCGUCGUUCGAGGUCGGCCUUCUCGCCAGCUUCCUCAACUAUCUCUGGGCCGUCGCAGGUCGCACCCUCGUUCGAGCACUCGCGCUCGCGUCGCGCCGCGGCGACCUGACGGCGGCGGCGCAGCUCGCCAACGACGUCAAGGCGCUCAUUGGGGCGAUGCAGGCCAACAAGAGCCGGGUCGGCGCGAUCACGGCCCUCAACCUGCAGCGCCUCCUCCUGCACCCGUUCCAGGUCCUCGCCGAGUGCGUCUCGGGCCCCUCGCACGACCCGUCGCAGCACCCGACGUCGUCGUCGUCCUCGUCGUCGUCGCUGCCGACGCCGGGCGCCACCGCGACGUCGGGCCGCCCGACGACGAUGGGCCGCAGCCGCGCCGACUCGAUCGACGAGGCGGGCCACCCGGUCGACGAGCACUACGUCCCGCUGCACGAGCGGCAGCCGGGCAUGGGCCGGUACAACGAGGACGAGGGCGCGCUCGAGAUCGACCUCGAGGCCAACCGGCCCGGCGGGCUCGACACGAGCGCGAGCGCGAGCGCGCUCAAGGUCGCGAGCGGCACGGCGUGGGAGCUGCUCGGGCUCGGAACGGGCUUGUCGAGCGAGGCCAACGCGCUCAUGGGCAUGCUCGACGCGUGCGGCGGGCAGGAGUCGGGCCUGUGGGACUUGGCGGCGCUCGGAGGAGGGCAGUGA